AUGCACGAAAAGACCGAGUUCAAACCUUUUCUCUUCCUAUUGGCGUGGGGCAUAACUUUCCUCUCCUUGUUGGUCCGACCAUCUCCGUUCCGCGGGCUACUUUUCAUCCCAAUACUAUCCAUCUGUCUCUACCUCACUUUCUACACCACCGGCGCGGACAUUGCGUCCAAUAUCGCUAUUGGGUGUGCUUUAUCUUCCCAAAUUUUCACUUCGCUGGAUUUGACUGUCCUCACUGACGUUCAAAACGAACUUCGCUUGGUUGGUCAGAAGACGUCUAUCAGUACAGCGUCGCUGAGCGACCGCUUCUGGUGGGCACUUCGACUACUUUUGAGUCCGCGAGGUAUAGGCUGGGCGCACGAACCGACAACGCACAUCCUCCCACACCCAACUACGUCGCGCGUUCGAUUCCUUUGGGACCAGCUACUUCGUACAGCAAAGUUCACCAUCAUCUUCGAUGUCGUCAGAGUUCUCUCUUAUUCGAACCCAUACUUUCAAAAGGGAGGGCCGUCUCUCACCGACGCAGGAUUAUUAUGGAGAUCAACGGUGCUCGCGCACGUCAUAACUACAUAUGCGGGCUUGGCAAGGAUGUAUACCAUCUACAGCAUUGUGUCCGUGGGCUUGGGAUUCACUGUACCAGGGGACUGGCCUCCCCUGUUUGGUUAUUUGGGAGAUGCCUACACUGUCCGUCGCUCCUGGGGUCGCGUUUGGCAUCAGUUGAUGAGACGGUUCCUCCAAGUCGAGUCCGAUUUCCUGGCAUAUAAAGUUCUAAGACUGCCACGGAAAAGCACCUUUACGACCUACUUCAAACUCUUCGUAGCCUUCUUCAUCUCUGGUGUGAUCCAUCAAGUCGGAGAUUACUCAGCACUUGGUCACUGGUACGGCUGUGCUCUGGCUUUCUUCAUCUACCAGGCGGCCGUCAUCACAUUUGAAGACGCGGUCAUUGGAAUAGCUGCGAAGUUUGGUUUCGAUAAACCAACCCCGGUCAAAAAAGUCUUUGGGUACCUUUGGGUAGCUGCGUGGCUGACCUACUCGAUGCCUAUGUGGGCAUCCCCAUAUAUGACGGGUGGAUACCUGGAAGCCGAUGUUCAAUUCAGUCCUAUCAUGGGAUUGUCACGCGGGGAAUGGUAUCCCAAACCCGAUCCUGUGAACGUUUUCAGUGCAGCUCUCUCGAAGAUUUUCCACACGUAG